AUGGCUCUUAUAUAUAAUCCCGAUGACGAAGCCGUUCUGGAUUCCCUAUGGUCUAUCGUGUACCUGUCUACCAGAGAUGCUGCGUCCAAGGUUCCAAUCAACUUCAUUACCCGCCCAGGGGUAUAUCUCACGAAAGCGUGUUUUGCAGAUGGAGUUUAUGAUGAUAUCCCGGCACAAACCUGUAUUUCUAACUUGCUAGCUCUUCAAUUUCGUCGACUCGUUAUCGAUUUAUACUGGGAUACUAUUAAUAGGCAGUUCACGCUAUGUCCGGUCGAGCUGCCACCACUUUCUGGGAAUGCCACCAGUGGCAUAAGCGUUGAUGUAUCCGCAUUGAGCUCAUUACUUGCCACAACCUCGGCCCUGGACCAAGCAACAAAUCCUACUGACAGCCCAAACGCCAAUGGCUUUUUCUUCGUCAAACGUCAGUCAGAACUGUCCAAUACCACCACCACCACCACCACACCAACGUCUAGCCUCACUCCCAGCAGCACGUCGACCAUGCCUGCUUCUAUCCCCACCACUACGGGGCUUGAAGGGACAACAUUACUCGAGCUUGGGAACUAUAAAUGCAGCUUGGACUUGAACCUGGAUUCCAUCAUUUCAUUAUACGACUCAUAUUUCUCGAAUACCUCCGAUACAGUAUCAGUGCGUUUAGCAUAUCUAGAUAUAAAUUUACAUGCAGCCGCCCCUUUCACUGCUCCAUCCGAUGCUGCCAUCGCACCCACUGGUGGCCAUUUACCGCAACCCGAAGAACUAGUUGGAGCACAACUGGAAGCAGCAUUUCCAAAAUCCCUUUAUACACCCGAGAUACUACAGGACGAUCGUUUCGACUUGCAAAAAUCUUGGUUUCGUGACUCCUUCAGCUCGAGUACUGAAACGAGCUAUUUUCAGACACAGGACGGUCCAGAUAACAAUGUCCUGACCCUUGACGGCUGGCCUGGGGAAUCAUGGAUCCUUCUCACUGAUAGUAGACGUCUACUUGCUGGCUGGGGUCAUAUCGACCCGCAGAUGAAGGGCUACAAUUUUCUCGCUGACUCGAGCAGGGUCUUUCCGCAUGGUUACAUCAACUCGAAUUCCUCAAGCAUCAUCGAGGCUGAAAGUGAUGUCGACGCGGCAUGCUACUAUCGACCCGACGUCUUUUCGAUAGCGCAAGACAAUUCAUCCUGGGCAGUUGCCACACUUGACCAACCUACCUCCGACCCUUUGUCUAACAUCAUCGGUAAUGCCACCCGAUGUGGUAUUUCUUCCAUGUUGAAUAUGACAUUUACAGGCUCAGUAUCACUGAACAAUCUGGAGCCAUACCGGGAUUUCGCUCGAGCUGCAAUAUUUGGAUGGGCCAAAGGAGAGCCAAGGAACACCUCAGCUCCAGGAGUCGACGUUCAAGGAAAUGACGAUGAGUACAAAUGUGCCGUCAUUGACCCUUCAAGCGGCUAUCAGGGUCAUUGGCGAGUGGAAAACUGCCAGCAGAAGCGUCGUGCAGCGUGUCGAAUAUCAGGUCAGCCAUAUCUAUGGCGACUCUCAACGAUGAGCGUGCCAUUUGGAGCCGCCCCAGAUGUAUGUCCCACCGACACGAGUUUCGAUCUUCCCAGAACUGGUCUGGAGAAUACAUAUCUAUAUCACAAGAUAUUGAAUGAUUCGCAGACAUUCGACAGCAGUGAUGCAGAACUUCUGAUGGAAGGGGUCUGGAUCAACUUCAACUGUCUGGAUGUGCCGGAUUGCUGGACCGCAGAGGGGCCCAACGGAACGUGCCCUUACGUAUACAAUGGGGACGAAAUACGGCAAAGGAAUGUGCUAAUUCCAACGAUCGCAGCGUUAAUUGUCCUGAUACUCACCGUAUUGACUAUCCUUGUCAAGUGCAACGAGAAUCGUAGGAGCAGUCGGACUCGAAGACGGGGAGAUAAUGGAUGGGACUAUGAAGGAGUACCAUCGUAA